UUUCCCUCAAAACAAAGGGCGCUUUGCCAAAUUUCUUUCAUUAAAGUUCUCUACUUUCCGUUCCCCUUCUUCGAAGACCCUCCUCAAACUUUCAAAGAUCCUCCACUUCACAGAAAAUUUUCCCUGUAACCAAAAAUGUUCUCCAGAUAGUGCUCCCAAGGUUUCACCGGCUCACAAAGUUCGCUUCGCAGCGCACUAAAACCCUGAGACCCACCGGAACGACGCCGCAGAGAGAGUGAGCAGUUGGAGAUGGAGAGUAGCAACAACAACGAUAGUAGCAAUAGUAGCAAUAACAGGCUGCCGCUGUCGGAGGUGGUAUCGGAGUGCGUGAAGCGGUGGUUCAAGGACACGCUCAAGGAUGCCAAAGCUGGGGAUAUCAACAUGCAGAUAUUGGUGGGCCAAAUGUAUUAUAGCGGUUAUGGCGUCCCUAGAGAUGCCCAAAAGGGAAGAGUUUGGAUAACAAGGGCAUCGAGAACUCGCUCUUCGGUUUGGAAAGUUAGUGAUAAGCGCCCAGGUUAUAAUGCCAGUGAUUCAGAUUCAGAUGAAUUAAAGGUUGAUUCUUAAAUGGACCCUAUGAUGCUCCAUGUCCAAAGCAAGCUAAUGGUCUGUCUGGAGCUGUGCCGUUCUCCGUUCAACUUGAACCUCUACGAGAUUUUGUACUUUUCUGUUCGAUUGUUUUUAUAUUUGUUUUUUCCCACAUAUUGUACUGUACAAUUGCAUGUCAUCAUCAAAAACCAAUUUGUCUAGUUCUUUUUAUCUUUCA